AUGGCUGCGCCCAUACGUAAAGUUGAGAGAGAAUUGGAUAUUAAAUUAAAGAGCGAACAGGUGGAAAUAUUGCAAAGCCUUGUGGAAAAGAGGGACUGUAUGGCAGUUUUACCAACAGGGUUUGGCAAAUCAUUGCCUUUUCAACUUCUCCCGCUUGUUCAGAAGGAGAUGGGUCGUACCGGCAUGGUUCUGGUGUGCUGCCCGCUUGUGUCUUUAAUGAGAGACCAAGUGGAUAGAACAAAUACAAUUAAAGGCUUGACAGCGGCAUACAAAGAUUUAAUAGGUCAAACUCCUGAUUUGGACAAGGAGAUAUUGGAUGGGAAAAUUGAUGUUGUGUAUGGGAGUCCCGAGUCAUUACUGGGUGAAUGGAGGGAACAGCUGCAACAUCUUGAUGUAUCUGCUAUUGUCAUUGAUGAAUUUCAUUUGAUUUCCACAUGGGGAGAUGAUGAUGCACAAAAUGGGAAGAAGGCAUUCCGACGGUGGCUUGGUGAGCUGGGAGAACUUAGAUCCCUGUUCCCUAGUGCUCCUUUGUUGGCUCUGAGUGCGACAUGUACACAGAACAUACAGAGACGAGUCAUCAAAGCCUUAGCCUUGAAUCAUCACACAUACGUGUAUAAAUCCCCUGACAAGAGGAACAUCAAGUAUAGUGUUAAAAAAGUUCCCGGUGACAUUGAUAUGGCAUGGACAUGGUUAGUGGAUGGUCUCAUGGAACUGGGAGCUUUGUUUCCAAAAACACUUAUAUACUGUAAGUCCAUUAGUGAUGUAGCGAAGAUCUAUGACUACAUAAAUGAUGAGGUGUCCAAAGAAUUUGAGUCAUUCAUUGGUAUGUUUCACUCUGAGACGGAGAGUUCUAUAAAGGAAAGAAUAUUGUUAUCUAUCAGGGAUGAGCAGAGCCUACUGAGGAUCAUCAUAUCCACAAAUGCAAUGGGUAUGGGAGUGGACUUUAAGGAGAGAAUGAUCUGGAUGAUCUCAAAUCCAGCACUGGAGACUGUACCUGCUGUGAUAUUUGCCAAGAGAGCUGUUCGUGUGGAAGUUGUGCUCUUCUGCCAUUUGAAAAACUGUGUGUGGGAAAUACAGAUUCAGGACACGAUACUGAAGACUCAGACAGUACUGAAGAUCUCUCUGAUUUUGAUUUGA